AACAAUGUUAACACCAUGGCGGCCGCUUGCAUGGCCGCCCCCAGCCUGGGCUUCGACGGGGUCCAGGGGUGCCUCAUUGCUGACCCCGGCCUCCCUGACUGGCAUGUGGUGGAGGUGGAGGUGACCGGCCGGUCUGGCGAGCGCAGGGACCAGGCCUUCACGGUCACCACCAGCCGCAGGAACCCAGCCUCCCCCGGAGCUGUCACUGGCACGGCUACUUUCCCUUCUUUCUGGAGCAGCCUGCUGGAGGAAAGUUUCAAAGCACUAGGUCGUCAAUGGUCAGCUGUAAACUUUGGCAAGAAGCACCUGUAUAGAGUUACGGCCAUUUCAGAGUUACGAUCCACCUCCGAUCCAUGCUGGGAGAUAAAGUUCAAUGAGAUCUGCUGCAGCCGGGCUCGGGGCCGCGCCGUGAGGCCGCCCCCACCCCCCAGGCUGGGGGGCGCGAUGUCCGGGGGGCCGGAGCCGGGCGGGAGGCCGCGGGUGUACCACGAACGCCAGCGCCUGGAGCUCUGCGCCGUCCACGCCCUGAACAACGUCCUGCAGGAGCGACGCUUCACCCAGGAGGCGGCCGACGAGAUCUGCAAGAGGCUGGCGCCGGACGCCCGGCUGAAUCCGCAUCGCAGCGUCCUGGGCACGGGCAACUACGAUGUCAAUGUGAUCAUGGCAGCCCUGCAGAGCCUGGACUUCGCGGCCAUCUGGUGGGACAAGCGCCGGCCCCUGGAGCAGCUGGUACUGAGCCGGGUGCACGGCUUCAUCGUGAACGUGCCGUCCAACGUGUCCCUGGGCUUCGUGUCGCUGCCCGUGCGGCGUAAGCACUGGAUCGCCGUGCGCCAGGUGGGAGGCACCUACUACAACCUGGACUCCAAGCUGAAGGCCCCGGCCUGUGUCGGCGGAGAGGGGGAGCUCAGGGCUUUCCUUCAGGAUUUCCUGUCCCAGGGUCCCUGUGAAGUGCUGCUGGUCGUGUCCCGGGCCGUGGAGGAAUCCGGCUGCUGGUUGAACCCAGAGUGAUGCCGCAGAUACCAAAGAUUUUGACUGUUCGUAGCAGCCUCGCUGGGGGGGCAGGACCCACAUGCUGAGUCUGGCUUAGUCACAGCCCCCCCCCCCCCCCUCCGGUGCUGGCAUCAGAUACCCCAUCCCAUCUGCCCUGAGGAGUGCAUGGCUCCGGGCAUGCUGCUCUCACUCCACUGGGGGGUCCCUUCACCCCACAGCCCCUGGAGCCAGAGACGGCACCAGGGGGCCACAGGGAAACCUGGCUUAGGGUGCCUGGCCCCAUCUCCCUGCUGGGCAUCUGUCUCAGCUGCAAGUGCUUACAAAGUUUAUGAUAAAGGACACAACGCUCA